GGGAGUUUCAUUUAAAUGCCACCCUGUUUUCUCGUGAAAUAAAGCAACAAGAAGAAUGUUUUCAGGGGAGAGUUUGAGAAAAUUCGUGACAGAGCGACUGACGGCUGCUGCUGAGGACAUUUUUGUAGUUUUUAAAAGAACUGUCGUCGAGUACGAGGACGAGCUCGAACGUCAACGUAAACUGCUGGAUGUCCUCUUGAACCCCCAAGUCACACUGCACAGAAUCGAUUUGCCACAGCAACUUUUAAGUACAGAAGAUGAGGCCCUGCUUGACCAACAGCUCUGUAACCAGGAGAGGAACUCCAGUCUGGACCAAGAGGAGCCAGAUCUUCGACUGGUUAAAGAGGAACCAGAGGAGCCCUGGAGCAUUCAGGAGGGAGAGCAGCUCAUACUGAAGGAGGAGACUGACAGGUUCAUGUUGACCCUUAAUCAUGAGGACAGUGAACCCGGACUACAACAUGAACUCCGGCCACUUUCUCCAAACUCUUAUGAUGCUGAGGCUCAAGAUCCCACCGGAAACAAGCACAGAGACUCACAAUCAACUAAAAAUCUCAGAACCCAACCCAGCACAAUUCACCUAAACAGUCACAUCAGUGGCACAUCAGAGGACCAAUGUAAUCCUCUUUCAGAUCAGCCAUUUUUUAAAUGUGGCAGUUGUGGUGAGAGUUUUAAGAACAAGUCAGUAUUACGGACACACCAGCGUGUCCACAGUGGUAAAGAAACACACACUUGCAAGAUUUGUGGGAAAAUAUUCAGUUGGAAGUCAUUAUUAAUGGUUCAUGUCAGGUGUCACACAGGUGAAAGGCCACAUUCUUGUACAACUUGUGGUAAAAGAUUCCUCCAUUUAUCAGGCUUGAAAAAACACAACAUGAUUCAUACAGGUGAAAAGCCUUUUACUUGUACAACAUGCGGCAAAUCUUUAAGGAAAAAACAGUACUUGAUAAACCACAUGAGGACCCACACAGGUGAGAGGCCUUUCUCCUGUGGCACCUGUGGAAAAAGCUUUUCUGAUUCAACUACUUUUAUUGCUCACAAAAAAACUCAUACAGGUGCAUGGUCAUUUAACUGCAGAAUUUGUCGGAAAAGAUUCAGAAGCAGUCAUGACUUGAGAGUCCACAUGAGAUCACACACAAGUAAGGGGCCUUACACCUGCAGCGCCUGUGGGAAAAGCUUCCUUCAGCAAACUGAUUUGGAUCAGCACAGAAAAAAUCAUACAAGUAAAAAGUUGUCUACUUGUAGAACAUGUGGCAAGUCUUUCAGAGACGACAAAAGCGUCAAAAGACAUGAGAGGCGGAUCCACUUAAAGGAGAGGCCGCAUUCGUGCAGCACCUGUGGAAAAGAAUUCUACGAAAGUUAUGAUUUAAAAAAACACAUACUGAGAAGACAUGCUGUCCAGACAAGUAUGACGCUGUACCCCUGUAGCAAUUGUGGGCUGUCUUACACAACAAAAGGUUAUUUAGAUAGGCAUAUGAAAAAAUGUCCUCUUACAAAACAUGAGUCAGGUAUUUAGAUUUUUACUGUCGUGACAGUUCCCUGGAAAAAGGCUGACACAGGCAAAAGCCUUUUUUUCCGGUGUUUUCAUUGGUGCUUAGGAUAACUUGUCUAAAUGAAGGUUCAAAUUUAAGUCUUAAGACAGGGGUAUCCAAACUUUUUCCACUGAGGGCCACAUACAGAUUUAUAUAAGGAUGGUGGGGCCACUUUCAUAUUCCUCACCUUGAGGAUAUUUAAAACUAAUAUAACAUAGGUCAAGAUAUGCAAAGUUACUGAGUAGGCCUAAAUGGCUAGUUCACUGCUAACAAGGCAAAUGUUACUGGUUCUGCUAUUUGUUGCUGUAAUCCAUCAGGGAGUUAUAAAUAAAUAUAUUACUAUUUUGGUUACAAAUGUGUUCAAUAUUUACAGUGUUGUUGGAAUUUAGUCUGAAAAAAUGCACUAAUACAUUUUAAUCAAAAUGUUUGUUUAUGGAAUUAACAUUGUAGCACGGCCUUGUGCUGACACUACACAGUUCAAUGUUAAUGUUCAAAUGUGAGCAAUAUUCAAUUUUAUAUCAAGAAUUGGCAUAGUUGGACCAUAGUUGCUGCUCUAAUUGAAAUAAGGUUUAAAAAACACUAUGUGAUUGGUGUCGAGGAUUUUUCUCCUGCAGAAGUUUCACAUGCCUAAUAUAUGUUACCUUUAAGGCCAAGUUUGAAAUUUUAACUUGUAAAUAAACUAUUUUAUAUGA